UCCCUCUCCUGCAUCCUAUUCCUAGCGCCAUCCAUCACACGAACACAUACGGCGCAAUUAAGUGCUACGUGUUAUCGCCGCUGAAGAAGGGACCUUAUCAAUCAGCUAAUAAUUCAUCCAAACAAACAAAACAAUCACCAACCUGCUUAUAUCUCUGCUACAUACGGAGUAAUGCACCUAGCUAGCACACCCACCUAACCGCGCUGCCUUCUUUCUUCAAGCUCGUUGCGACCGAUCUUGAGUGGCCGGCCGGGCAGCCGCGCGCAGCACCGGCGGCAACAAUGUCGUCGUCAUUAUUCCAGAUGAGGUCGUACUUCUUCUUGCCGUGCUUGAUGAUCUUGUUAUUCUUGCUGCUCGUCGUCGUCGGAGGUGCGGUGGUGGCCGGGGAGAAGAAGAAGAAGACGAAGGUGCCGGCGAUCAUCGUGUUCGGCGACUCUUCCGUGGACACGGGCAACAACAACUUCAUCCCGACCAUCGCCCGGAGCAACUUCUGGCCCUACGGCCGCGACUACGCCGAUGGCCUCCCCACGGGCCGGUUUUCCAAUGGACGCCUCGCUACCGACUUCAUCUCCGAGGCCUUCGGCCUUCCCCCCUCCAUCCCCGCCUACCUCGACAAGACCUGCACCAUCGACCAGCUCUCCACUGGAGUCUCCUUCGCCUCCGCUGCCACUGGCCUCGACAACGCCACCGCCGGCGUCUUGUCCGUGAUCACACUGGAUGAGCAGCUGGCCUACUUCAAGGAGUACACGGACCGGCUGAAGAUCGCCAAGGGCGAGGCGGCGGCGAAGGAGAUCAUCGGCGAAGCGCUCUACAUCUGGAGCAUCGGCACCAACGACUUCAUCGAGAACUACUACAACCUGCCGGAGCGGUGGAUGCAGUACAGCGUGGGAGAGUACGAGGCCUACCUGCUGGGGCUCGCCGAGGCAGCCAUCCGCCGCGUGCACGAGCUCGGCGGCCGGAAGAUGGACUUCACGGGGCUCACGCCCAUGGGCUGCCUCCCCGCCGAGCGGAUCAUCGGCGACCCCGGCGAGUGCAACGAGCAGUACAACGCUGUUGCCAGGACCUUCAACGCCAAGCUGCAGGAGCUCGUCGUCAAGCUCAACCAGGAGCUCCCGGGACUGCAGCUCGUCUUCGCCGACACGUACCAGCUCCUUGCCAACGUCGUCAACAAGCCGGCCGACUAUGGAUUUGACAAUGCUGUGCAAGGUUGUUGCGGUACGGGGCUUUUUGAGGCAGGUUACUUUUGCAGCUUCAGCACCUCAACGCUAUGUGAAAAUGCCAACAAGUAUGUGUUCUUUGACGCAAUCCAUCCCACAGAGAAGAUGUACAAAUUGCUCGCUGAUACAGUCAUCAACACCACGUUGCAUGUAUUCAUGUGAAAUUAUUGAUCUUCUUAGUGGAAAAGAAUCAUAGAUUGGUCUACAAUGCACAUAGACACCUUCUCCACAGACAACUUUGAAUGUUGAAACUAUAUCAUAUCCAGUUAUUGCAGCACGUGUGCUAUAAAUCUUGUAUUCCAGAUCAAUGUUGUAAUCACGAAUAGCAGUAUAUGCAUACAUAGUGUUUCUGUGUUGUGGCA